AUGAAUCUGAAUGGUGAACUGCUGUGGGAUCUUUUAUGGCCUGGACUUGCUCGUGGCAGCUUGUUUCAUCGGCCAGGUGCCAACUUUCUCGUGACUGUGAGGGGAAUAGAAGAACUGGCUUUGCCCAAGAGUGAAAUUUCAUACAUUGUUGAAAAUCCAGUCCCUUUCACUUUGGAUAGUAUUUCUAAUUCUAUCCACUCGCUGUUCUCUGAAGAAACACCAGUUGUUCUGCAGUUAACUCCUAGUGAGGAGAGACUGUACAUGGUGGGAAAGGCAAACACCAUUUUUGAAGAUCUACCUGUGACAUUACGACAGAUGCGUAACCGCUUGUUUCAGGAGGACUCUGUUCUGGGCUUCCUUCCUCGUAGCACUCUGAAUAAAAAUAACGAGGUUGACCUUCUGUUCCUUUCAGAAUUGCAAGUUCUUCAUGAUAUUUCUGCAUUGCUGUACAGGCACAAACGCUUGGCAAAAGAACGUUCACCUGCCCUUUAUUCACUGGAGCUGGCAGGUCUGGAAGAAAUUAUAAAGCGUUAUGGGCAGGACUCUCAGCAGUUCCGUGAUGCUGUCCAAAUCCUUGCUUCAGUCAUCCAGAAGUUUGCAGAUGAUGUAUUCUCCAUUUACAGUGGAAAUGCUGUGAUUGAAUUGUUGACUGUAAAGAAUUUUGAUGCACCACUUGUGAGGAAGAGUCGAUCUAUCCUAGAGGUUCCAUCCAAAAAUGAUCCAAGCCAUACCUAUGGUUUGGCCUACCAAUACAACUAUAACUAUGCUGUUGUAUUCAAUAUUGUCCUCUGGUUGAUGAUAGGCCUGGCUUUAUCUGUGAUCAUCGUUGCCUACAAUCUGUGGAAUAUGGAUCCUGGAUAUGAUAGCAUUAUCUAUAGAAUGACUAGUCAGCGAAUUAAAAUGGACUAAGCCAUUUGCUUCGCAUCCAAUCAAUGAAAAUGUACACUUCUAAAGUUCUGGGAAAGUAUCAAGAAGACUAGUUUGUUCCUGCUUGGGAGUGGUUUUUUUCACAAUUAUGGUAGUGGGAGAAUAAUAAAAUUCACUCUUGGGUAUGUAAAGAUAAAUAUUCCCACAGUACCUUCUUAAAUUAUUUGUCUGUCAUGGCUAUUAUUCCUAACUCUGGAAUUGAGCAGGUUGCUUGAUCAGAAUUUUCUUUGAUUUCUUGUCAUAGUGUUUUAAGUACAAGCAGAGAAUUUGUUCUUACAUCCUGGACGAGAGAAAAAUAGCCAAUAGUGAACUUAUUUUUCACUAACGCAUUCCAUUGGAUAAAAACCACCUAACUCCGUUUGCAGUAUCCUCUAUUUUGGACUUAACUUUGUACGUGUUGGUAUUGUUUCUGCUUUUGUAAAUCACUACUGCGCAGCUUACUGUUUUAGGUUCAGUCUGUUACUUUCCUAUUGAAAUAGUUUCACUAUCAUGGAUAGACGUGGCAGCUGUGAUCAAAAAUGCACUGCAACAGGUAAUCUGAUUUUAGGAAAUGUGAAAUGAUUUGACUUUAUUUUCAUAGUAAAUGUGCUGUAAAGAUUUAAACUGAUAUGCAGACUCCUGAAUGGUGGUCAUGUGUUUGUGUGCUUCAAUUGUAAUUGUUUUGGCUAUGUUUGACAUAGAAUAAAUCUGAUACUUGACAAAAAUAAUGAUAAAAAUUUGUGGUCAGCACUGCUAUUUAUGUUUGGCUGGUUUUACUGAUGUGCAAUGCAAAUGUUAAUAAAGUUAACUGUAAAUAUUCUGAUUAAAUUUAUUAAGCAAA